CUUCUGCUUAUGUUGCUGUCGAAAGAAGAAACGCAAGGAUUACGAUGAUCAUGAGAGUUAUUAUGAUCGAGAAAAGCCUCGUCGCGAUUCAGGACACUACUACAAAAGCACACAUGGGAACAGAAACUGGCAGAACAACGGCAGCUACAACCCCAAGGACAGCAGCAAGAAAUACCCACAGCCGCACAGCUCAGAGCAGUGGGUCCCAACUCCGCCCCCGCCUCCACCCAAUCUGAGCUCGCGCAUAUUCUCAGGGGGGGCGACGAUGCCCCCUCCGCACCCACCAAUGGUGUGGAGCGGCGGGAACAACAAGAGCACGUUCUCAAUCAACGACCUGGCCGCCGCAACGGACGGGUUCGCGCAGGCAAACCUCCUCGGGCAGGGGGGGUUCGGGUACGUGCACAAGGGGGUUCUCCCCAACGGGAAGGAAGUGGCGGUGAAGAGCCUGAAGUCGAACAGCGGGCAGGGGGAGCGCGAGUUCCAAGCGGAGGUCGAGAUCAUCAGCCGCGUCCAUCACCGCCAUCUCGUCUCCUUGGUUGGCUACUGCAUCUCCGGAUCGCAGCGGCUGUUGGUUUAUGAGUUCGUUGCUAACUCCACUCUCGAGGAUCACCUUCAUGGGCCUGACCGACCGACUAUGGAAUUCUCAACUAGGCUCAAAAUUGCUUUGGGCGCUGCCAAAGGCUUUUCUUAUCUUCACGAAGAUUGUCAUCCUCGUAUUAUCCAUAGAGAUAUUAAAGCUGCAAAUAUUUUGCUUGAUGACAAUUUUGAAGCCAAGGUGGCUGAUUUUGGAUUAGCCAAGCUUUCGUCCGACAACAAUACUCAUGUUUCAACUCGCAUAAUGGGAACUUGUGGAUACUUGGCUCCUGAGUAUGCUUCAAGCGGGAAGCUAACUGAGAAAUCCGACGUGUACUCAUUCGGGAUCGUGCUUCUAGAACUCAUAACUGGCCGUCUCCCAAUCGACGACACAGGGGAUGAAGAAGAUGAUAAUAUAGUUGAUUGGGCUAGGCCAAUUUUGAUGAAUGUGGUGGGAGAAGGAGCAAGCUACGAAGAGCUGGUGGAUCCAAAGCUAGAAAACGGAUAUGAGCAUGGUGCAAUGCUUCGUAUGGUUACCGCCGCUGCUGCCUGCGUAAGACAAUCCGCAAGAAAACGUCCUAAAAUGAGCCAGGUUGUUCGGGCUCUGGAAGGCGACGUUUCGUUGGACGAUUUGCAUGAAGUGAUAUUGAAGGGUUCGUUGUCAGCGAGCAGCUCCGACUUCGACUUGCAAAGACAUCUAAGGCCCGGGCCCGGGGUUUCUAAUCAAAGCUUCACUAGUAGCGACGUAAGUGACCAACCCCAAUCUAGUUCCCACGAACAGAGACGGCCCGGCCCGAUGUUCCGCUACGGCUCGUGACUUUUUUGUAAACUCAA